CGCUCGUAAUUACCCUUUUGCGUUUAUUUCAAAACUUGCUUGUGGUUGAUGAUCCCUUAUUGAUCCUGGGCUGAGCUGGGGAUCUGUGAACUUCUGCAGGAGUCCAUCAGCUGCACAGAGUCCCAGCACACCGCCAGCGAGCACCUCAGUCACUCUGUGUCCGAAUUACAAUGCAGUGCGUCCGGGCUUGGGGAAGUCUGAACUCCCUGUGCAGGGUGGCUCACCACAGAGCAUGGAAACGAUCCCAGAGCCACACAGCAGCUGCCAGGCUGGACCUCAGCGGGAUUUAUCCGCCUAUUGCCACCCCGUUCACCGCCAAGGAGGACGUAGACUAUCAGAAACUAGAGGAAAACCUGCAGAAAUACGCCAAGAUCCCAUUUAAAGGCCUGGUGGUUCAGGGCUCCAAUGGUGAGUACCCGUACCUGACGGUGGAGGAGCGGGUGGAGGUGGUGAGGAUGGUCAAACAAUCGCUGCCGGCGGGAAGGCUGCUGGUAGCCGGAUCAGGCUGCGAAUCCACCAGAGCCACGAUCCAGCUCACGCAGAAGAUGGCAGCAGCCGGAGCUGAUGCUGUGCUUGUGGUAACACCCUGCUUCUACAAGGGGAAGAUGGACAGCCGGGCUCUGAUCCAUCACUUCACAAAGCUGGCGGACAGCAGCCCAGUGCCGGUGGUUCUCUACAGCGUGCCGGCAAACACGGGGCUGGAGCUGCCACUGGACGCUGUGGUGGAGCUUUCUCAGCACCCAAACAUCCUAGGUGUUAAAGACAGUGGGGGAGAUAUCACACGGAUCGGCCUGAUUGUCCAUAAAACCAAGGCGCGGGAUUUCCAGGUCUUAGCGGGCUCGGCUGGGUUUUUAAUGGCAGCCUAUUGUGUGGGUGCUGUCGGUGGAGUGUGUGCGCUGGCUAAUGUGCUGGGCCAGGAGCUAUGUGAGUUGGAGCGUCUGUGUGUGUCCGGGCGUUGGGAGGAAGCCAGAGUCCUGCAGCAGCGCCUUAUCGAGCCCAAUGCCGCUGUGACUAGGAAGCUGGGAGUUCCCGCCCUGAAGCAGGCGAUGGAGUGGUUUGGUUUCCACGGUGGCUCCUGUCGAUCACCUCUUCAGCCGCUCACAGAGGCCGAGAGUCAGCAACUGAGGCGGGACUUCUCCUCCAAUGGGUGGCUGUAAAGUGACCUAGGCGGAGCGAGAGUGCAUGUGUGAGUGAGGUCACUAUGUGUGGCCCUAUUAGCUGUGGGUGUAAUUAUAUCAUGAAGGGAAAACACAGCUGCCCAUGAAAAUAAAUAAAUAAAUAUUCAGUUCAGUCCACUGUUGAUAUUUAUUGAGCCAAAUCUAAAAACCUGUAAAAAAAAAACAAAAAACCCAAAACAUAAAAUAAAUGUGUAAAUAAAUGAAUCCAACUUCAAACUUC